ACCCUCCCUUCUCUUCUGAUUUAAUGUUUUUUGUGUUUGAGAACUUUGGCAAUAUGGUGAGAAUCGUCCACAUGCCAAAGUGGAUCUUGGUGGGACAGAGUAAUACAGGUUUAAUUUUUAACUCCCGAGUGUGACUCCAUGAUUGUGUACUCUGAGUAUAUGACUGGACGACUCAAAAAAUUCAUGGAGGUGAAAAUUUGGACUCAUCUCCUACCAGUGUGAUUUGGUUAAGGUGGUUAGUGGCCUCAGGUCCCCCCACCCCCAGGUUCCACUGCCAGGCCGGAGGACCCCCGGCCCUGGAUGGACGUGGUGCCGGUGGGCGCCUUGCAGCCUCUCUCCUGGCCCCUGCUUCUGGGCGCCUCAGAAAUGAGUCAGAACAUGUGCAGCGUGGGCUUGUGCGGGUGGCAGGGAGCCCAGAAUUAGCUCGGCUGUGUUUCAGCAGGGUUGCAGCGGGAAGGGGGCGGCUGCGCCAGGCGGGGGGCUGAGAGGCAGACAGCCCUGAGCUGUGGAAGGAGUCAGCUCUCAGGAGCUAGCACAGGCCUCAGGGCAUGGGGGGCAGCCUGCUUUGUGUCUGGCACACACCCGAUUGUAGAUGAGCAGGGGGUCAAAGGAGCAGGCCUUGUGCAGCCACAGCUGCUGGGACCCCAGCGUGCCUGAGACAAAUGUGGGAGCUGGACAGGCAUGGCCAGGUCACCCCAGGUAGUAGGUGGCGGACAGGUGUGGCAUCACCGUGCUUGCUGUUCACCUCUGGCAGCUCUGUGCCUUCACCUGGCCGCAGCACACCCAGGCAGGCAGAACCAAAGCUAAGCUGCUCCGCAAGCAGGCAGCGCAGCCUCCUCCUGCGCCUGGCGUUCUUUUACUCUUUGCAAACUGCUUUUAUUCAAAGGGAGGGAGUGGUUAGCAUGGGUAUUUUAGUAAAUUGUGAAAUGCUUUGUUCUCGCUUGCCCCCUUUCCUGCUCUCCCCAAUCUCUGGCACAGGUGUGUUUCCCUGGACGCCAGUGCUUGUCACCAGAGAAAACAAGGCAGCAACACUUAUCACUUCCACUGCUCACUGGGGCAAAACACGAGGGCAGGCUUCGUGCCUCCCAGGGGUGGGGAGGGGCCUGGUACUUGUGUCACCACCAAGUGAGUCAUCGAGGUGGAACAGUAAAAUAUUUAAUCACGUGUGUCAGCAUUGUUCGAGAGGCAGCAUUUUUAAAGGUCCCCGUAUGCAGCAUGGGCACAUGGUGUUACCUCUGAGGUUCACCUGUCACCAUGUGAAACGCACACAGAGUGGUUGGCCUGCUUGGGGGCUCCGUGGGUUUAACCAUGUGAAUAGAACAGUUUGGGGAAGAAAACAAAGCAUCGAAGGUUUUCAGGAUGGCCCGGCUUUGGCUCAGCAGGUAAUUUCUGCCGUAGAGCCCCUGCCUGGCCUUGGUCACCAGCGUUUGUGUUCAGAGGCCACGGUGGCCUGGCUGCAGACUGUAGCUGAGCGUGCCACCGGCGCCUGGCCGGCUCUUGUUCCGGCAGGUGCCUUCCCUUCCCGCCCUGGCCCGACGCCCCAGGUUAGAUCUGGCCAUCCUCGUCCGUGUUGGACGCAGGAGGGUCUCAGCAGACGUGUGUUGGGUCACAGCUGGACCGAGCACACCAUGAGGGGAAAUUCUCACACUGAGAGUCUGAGAGCAGGGACCAUGCUUCUGUCAGCUUUGUCACUUUAGUGCCUGACCUAGUGUUCUAUACAUGGAGGUCCAGGACCCUCAGCAAGUGCUUGCAGGCUUACAUGCCUUCCACGUCCUUCUGCUGGCACCUGGGGCCAGGCCCCGGGGGCAUUUGUGCAAAGCGUCCCACAAGUCUGGAGAUACCUUCCCAUCGUUACAGCCAUCUGUUUUUUCAAGGCACAGCAUGCCCCCAGCAGCCUUGUUUGGACCCCACAUUAUCUGUGAGGCAGGCGGGGCUAGAAUUAGGGUGCCUUUUUGAAGGACGAGGUUCCUGGAGCCCAGAGAGCGGAAAGGACAUGCCUGCGUUGCACAAGGAAUCGCUGACACGUGAGCUGGACAUGAUUUCCACGAGGGUGAUGGACAUUAAGCUUCGGGAGACUGCUGAAGGCCUUGGGGAGGACAGCACAGGAAAGAAAAAAUCCAAAUUCAAAACUUUUAAGAAGUUCUUUGGGAAGAAGAAGAGAAAGGAAUCGCCUUCGUCCACAGGAAGUAGCUCCUGGAAACAGAGUCAGGCGAAGAGUGAGGUCAUUGCCCUUGAGUCGGGGCCCGUGGGCUAUGACUCAGAGGAUGAGCUCGAGGAGUCGAGGGGCGCGCUGGGCAGCCGGGCCCUCUCACACGACAGUAUUUUCAUUCCUGAGUCGGGACAGGACCCUGCUCGGCCUGUGCGGGUGUUUUCCCAAGAAAAUGUGUGUGACCGGAUCAAAGCUCUGCAGUUAAAAAUACAGUGUAAUGUGAAAAUGGGGCCGCCACCUCCUCCAGGGGGCCUUCCUGCCAAGCGAGGAGAUGAUGCCGGCAUGAGCUCUGAGGACGACGGUCUGCCCAGGAGCCCCCCAGAGAUGUCCCUGCUGCCUGACAUGGGUCCCGGCACAACCAUAAAGGUCUCUUUAGUUCCCUCAUCCCGGCCGGUGUCUCCAGACCAGCUCUUCUCCAGGCAGGCAAGUGAUGCCACCGUCUCCGCCCGGACCUCGGACAGCAGCUUGGCGCCCGUGGCUGAUUUCGAUUAUCCCCCAGAGUUCUCCUCCUGCCUGGACAAUUCUGCAGCUAAGCACAAGCUCCUGGUUAAGCCCCGCAACCAGCGGUCGAGCAAAAUGAGGCGGCUGUCUUCGCGAGCACAGUCCGAAUCCCUGAGCGAUCUGACAUGCACCCCAGAGGAGGAGGAAGACCAUGAGAAGCCAUUACCCAAAGUCAGCACGGAAGAGAACCCCAGUUCCAGACAGCAGGAUGUGGGACUGCCCAGAGGCCCUGAACCUGAGGGGCCAGCCACCAUGCUGCAACCUGGGGGGCCGCGGGCAAGACGGGCUCGCCUGCAGCACUCCCCAGCGCUCAGUGCCAGCGCUGAGGAGGAGAGCCCCCCUGAGGAUAACCCCCCAAGUCACCCGGACACCCCAGAGGUUACUGAGCCUGAGUUAGGCCCAGCCCCUUGCUCAGAGUCCCCAUCUUUGCCAGAAGGCUCCCUGUACCCUAAUCCCAGCAGCGAAAACCAGAGGGAGGAGCUGCCCCUUGCAAGCACAUGUCCCCUAGCCGAGGACACAGCUGAUGGGGUGGUUUCUGCUUCUGGAGACGUGGAGAGUCAACUGUCUUCUUACAUCCCUGAGGUGGACAUGACGUCUUCUGAGACUGACCCUGCCACCAGCUUGGAGACUCCCUCUGGUCCGGAUGAGCUGGACCAAAAUGUCCAGAAGGAGAUGGAGCUGAUGCUGGAAGUGCCCAGUCCCGAGGGAGCAGAGAAGGAAUCUUCCGAGGCUCCUGCCCCCAGCCCCCCCGCCCCCAAGAGCUGCUUGAAGCACAAGGCCCCGGCAGCGGCCGCGAGCCUCGUCGUGUCUCCCACCCCGCCCGCCGCAGAGGAGCCCCCUCCCUGUUCCCUGGACAAAGAGGCUGCAGCCCCGGAGCCCCCCAGGGCUGAGCAGGUGGAGGCCCCACAGGGGGUACCCGAAAGGGUGGCGCCUGAGCGGAAGGUCGGCGUGCACAAGUUCUCCGUGUCGUCGGGCAGGGGGUGGCCGCGCAGGGGCAGCGCCCGGCCGCUCGAGCGCCCCGGCCCCGCGGGCUCUGCCGUCCGCCUGCCCCUUCUGAGGAGCAGCAUGGCCUGGAAGAGCGAGGCUGCACUCGACGACCUCCAGGCACUGCCCGAGCCCCAGGAUGGAAAACUGGACCCUCCGAAGCCCUCCUCGCCAGCUGAGUGCGGCGCCCGGGACUCAGAGGACAGGGCGACCAGCCAGGCCGGGCCCGGCCCGGGCCCACGGGAUGCGGCGACCACACCGGCCACGAGAGACCCCUGCCCCGCCGCUCCGGAGCCGCCCCCGGGGGAGGACAGAAACCCUUUUCCCGUCAAGCUCCGGUCCACUUCUCUCUCUCUCAAACACAGGGAUGUGUCCUCUCCGGAAGUCAAAGGCAUGAAGAGGUACAGUGCCGAGAUCCGGCUGGAGAAAGGAGGACUGACUGUGCUCUCGAAAGAUGAGAAAUGUCAGCUGGGGACGGCCCCCACCCCUCGAGGUGCCAGGUCCCCGAACGACCAAGGCAAGGGGAGGGCCCGGGCAUCGGAGCAGCUCAGCUCCAAACCGCCGCUGCCCAGAAAGCCGCUGCUGCAGACGCUCACCCUCCCGCCCGCGCCCGCGCCCCCCGACGGCCCCGGCGAGCUGGAGAAGGCGGCGCCCCACGAGCCCAGAAGGGAGAGCAGGACCGCGGAGAAAAGGUCACCGCACAGGGGAGCUGAGAAGGGCUUGCCUCCCGCAGCAGCGGAGCCCGGAGCCGAGGGCCAGCCUGCGCCACCCUGGAUCACCAUGGCUCGGCAGAAGCGGCGAGGUGCCCCGGAGCAGCCUCCCAACCAGGAAGACAGGCCUGGGGCCCGGCCCCUGAAGUCGGAAGUAGGAAAGCAAGCCAAGGCACCAGAGAGAGCCCAGGAGCCCAUGAAGCAAGCCGACUUUGUCCGCAGCAAAUCUUUCCUGAUAGCCCCUGCUAAGCCAUCUGUGGACCGGAGGGAGGGGACGAGGCUCCGUCUCCAGGAGGGGCUGCAAAGAGGGAUCUCAUUGUCCCAUCAGAACUUGGCAGCUCAGUCUGCAAUAAUGAUGGAGAAAGAAUUGCAUCAGCUGAAGAGAGCCAGUUACGCCAGUACAGAUCAGCCAUCCUGGAUGGAACUUGCCAGAAAGAAAUCUCAAGCUUGGAGUGACAUGCCCCAAAUUAUAAAAUAGGUUGACAGUGUGCUGAUAAAGAAUGUCCACUACUUUGACGGGUCACUAAGUUAAAAACUGCCGCUAAAUCAAGGCAAGCAAACCAUGAAACUUAAGAGUGAUUUUGUCAUCAAGUUAUGGGAGAGCAAGCUCGGGGAAGAGGAAGGAACCAGGCAAACAAGGAGAACAGACACACAGCCACAGGCCUGGGCCAGAGGUGCGCGCGAACAAGAACACCAUUGAAAAGGGCCAGGAACAAGGUCCUGUGCCCAAAGGUAUGAAUGUGAGUCUUUCAGAAUUCCCUUGAUAAACGGGGCCUGGACAAGGAAGAAAAUGGAAAUGAAAUGCUGACGCAUAACUGGGACACACCUCCAAGGCCAGAAGAGAGGGCAUUCCGGGAGAACGUGUGUCUGUGCUUCCACCUGAAAUCCGCUUGCGUCUCUGGUCGUCGUCUUGCCUGUCGAUCCCAUCUUCUCCUUUCGUGUUUACUAUUAGGCAUGAUGUUUAUGGUAAAACAGGGAUGCCAUUUUCAAGAGCAGCUAUAAAACCAUCAGUUUUCCUGAAGAUAGCCACUCUAAGAAGGAGCAGAAGGAACAUAGCAGAGUUCAUCAGUUCAUAGACUGUUUCCAAAAAUGAUUUUUAAAUUUUUCCACUAGGCAUCUGUGUCCUUAACCAUUGCACAAUGCAUUGCCUGUUCAAUAAAAGGUUUUAACCAUG